AUGAUCAGGAGUUCAACAUCUAUCUGGCCUCUGACAUUCACAAGAGCGCAAAAGGCAUUCGUCAAAGUUCGUCAAAUACGACAUCAUGUAGAUGAAGACAAGGAGAACCGAGUACUUUUCUACGAUUAUGCCAGAUCCAACAUGCUUGAAAUGAUAAGCGACUGUCCUCCUCUUCCUUUGCAAGCAAGAAAGACGAUCCUCGAAGAGCUUGGCCUGGCAUUGAAAGAUAUGCACGCUGGAAAUUGUAUACACCUUGGUACGCAUCUUCUAAACCAUAAGAGAGGAAGGGUGAUGUGGCAAAGCCCAGAAGGACGACUAAGGAUGGGAAUGGGGAAGCAUUUGGAGGUGUUUUCUUCCGGACUUCUGGCAAGUCAAAUUUAA